AUCCCUAUCCAUUACACUCUUUCAAGAUUUUAAUGUUGGUAGCUCUGUUUGAAAAGCCGAAGCUCCGACUUGCUCUGUCAGCUCUGUGGCACAGGACAUUUCUAGUCUCGACGUCGAAGUGGCAGUAUCAACCGCGCGUGUUUGUAGAGGAUAUUGUUUACGAAAUACCUUCGAAAGAUAAUAUUAAUUUAGUAAUUUGAGUAUUUAAAUGAAAUCAAUUUGUGAUUAGUUAAAGAGGUACUGAAUAAUGGAUUUUGCGAGAAAACAACUGGAGAAAUACGGCUGGACCGAUGGCAAAGGGCUGGGUGAACACGAGAAUGGUAUAUCAGAGGCAUUGAAGCCUAAAUUGAAGCGCAGUGUAGCAGGAGUGGGACAUGAUGCGGCUGCCGAGUUCAAUGAGCACUGGUGGACCACUCUCUAUGAUAAGGCAGCUGCUAAUGUUGAAGUAAAAGAGAAGAAUGGGAAAACAAAAGAAAUCAAAAUGAAAGAUGAUAAAGAAUUCGACAUUACCAAUAGUACUUGGAAACUGAAUAAACAGAAGGAUGCUGAGAACGAGGAGCAGUACUCCGACUACUUUGUACGGACUGCGGUGCUGACUAACGGUGCAAGUAACAUGGAGAGAGCGAGGGAAUCAGACUCCGAGGAUGAAGCAGAAAAGAAAGUUGUGUUCAAAAUGACUUAUGAAGAAUUAUUUGCUAAAUGUGUAGGCAGGACUGCUCACAAAGGUGCUCGCCAUGGCCUAAGAGCUACAGGAAAGUUAACAAGGAUAGCGCAACAAGAGGCUCAACUACUUUCUCAAACAAAAUACAGCGGGUAUUCAAACUCCAACAAAUUAAAAGAAGUUGACAGCAUAAGCUUCCAUAUGGACACUGAUAACACAGGAAUUAAAAAGAAAACGAAGAAGAAACGCAAUCGUUGCUACAAUAACGAAAAACCUGAUACACGUAUCACCAAAUGUGAAUUGGCUGAAUCAGAUGAGUUAUCUUUGCCUGAUGAAAGUCAAGUGACAGAUGAAGACAAUGUAGCACAAAAUGUAGAGAAAGUUGAUAGAAAAUCUGAGAAUGAAAAUCAAGACGACGAUAAAGAAUAAAGAUAAUGAAUUAGAAUAAGAAACUUUAAUAAUGUGAUGUAAAUAUAAGAAAUAAUGAACAUGUUUUAUUUGUAAUAAAUAAUUAA